CCGAGGGCGGAGACUGAGGGGAAACAAAGGUUUAUGAUCGGGUCUGCGUGUUGUACCCAACAGGUUAACAAACAAGGCGACCGACAGCCGCCCCUCGCACAAGGAGAGGCGACGCCUCUGCAAGACCCAAGUGGUGUGAACCAUGUCUGAGGAUGUCAUGAUGCCGUCAAUGAAUUUUCAAGUGGGGCCCACCAGUUUCAAAAUGAACAAUUUUGAAAAUGAGUUUCGAAAUGAAAUGUCGCGAAGCAGGAACGGGCUGCCAUUACCAUUGCUCAACAGCGGUAGACAUUCAACAACCAACAGCUGCAAGUAUGCUGCAGACACGUCCUUCUACACCCGCAACAACCCUCACCCCAAACGGGUCUAUCACAUCAAAGGUCUGAACAAUGCCCUGGUGUGUAAAGUGGAUGAUGAUCGGGUCUGUGACAGACUCCCGGCCAGGACAGCACCAUCUCAACAAGACCUCUCCAAAUACAAGAGGCCAAUCACGGCUAAUAUUCCCACCACACCUCCUUACCCGGCGCAUAUCAUCACAGGACUACCACUCGCCCCAUGUAAAGAUGAAUUGCAGCCAGACCUCAACUUAUUGUACUCCCAGGCCUGGAGGGAUGCACUGAAGGAUCUGACGGCCAGAGUUGAAUUCUUCGGGGAACCAGCGAAAGAGGACGAGAGGUGGGCCUCCCCGUACUCUGGAGAGAGGGGGAGUCAGUGUCAAUCACCAUCACGCCCAGUGUCACGUAGUUCCCCCCGACCGAGCUCCCGAGCUGGAAGCGGCGAGUAUGUGCGACCCGUCCUCUCAACGCCUGAACGUGAAAUCCUCGUCCUGGAGCUACUGUGCCAGAUUCUCCAGACCGAUUCAAUCCAAGCUGUACAGCAAUGGCUACUUGUAACAAGUCUUAAAGACAAAGAGGUGGUGUUGGAUACGAUUCGGAUGGCAGUGGCUAAUAUGAAGCUGGGCAAUCUGAAUGUGCCGGUUGGCACCAUGCCCAAGGAAGGUUUAUGUUCGCGGCAAGCAUCUGAAGAGCCAGAGGCGAUAUUCCGAGCACCGUCUGCUUGUGAGAGGCGUCGUGCAAGGUCACAGCUGCAAAGAUUGGAGGCAAUCUUGGAGAAAGACAUAGAUAAAAAAGAUUUGAAAGUACUGGAGACAACGAAGUCACCGUGUUCCUGCCCACGAGGCACGCCGCCCAAAGCUGCAAAGAAGCCAAAAGCACUUGGAACUAUGAGGAAAGUACUCAAUGUGCCUUCUUCACCUAUAAUGGAAGGGAAGUUAUGUCAUAGUAGAACUGAUUUAUAUAAAACAUAGAAGAAAAAGAACACACCAAUUCAGUUGGUUGCAACAAAUAAGCUCACAGAGUUGUUAUCAGUAAAUUUUGUUUUUGAAGAUAAUGGAAACAUUGAUGUGGAUUAUGUCAUCCAACUUCCCAAAUCAAAAUACGGAUUGGUGCAAGCAUGUUCUGCCGUACUAUGGAAAUGCAGGAAUUUUAAAUACCUUAAGCAUCUUAAUUCUGAUGUUUAAAUAGCAAUGUAGUUACCAUCUUAUGUACUCGUAGCAAGACUGUGUCAUUAAAGAUGGCAUGUCUUGCUCACAGCUCCAGGAACACAAGCACUUAAUUAAUGUUAAAUGUAGACACAAGGAACUGCAGAAGCUGGUUUAUAAAAGAAAGGCACAAAGUGCUGGAUUCCGCGGGCCAGGCAGCAUCU